AUGCCAAAAUGGAUCAAUUGCGUUCCGGACAAAGGAAUGGAAUUGGCAGACGAUAAACCUGGAAUCGGACGGUGGGCGGCAUUUAUCAUCAUCGUCAUCUUGGUCGCUUUUAUCGUUUUCAAGUUGGAGACGAAUACAAAUAAUCAUUACAAAGUUGCGAGACAAAAAGUCAUACUCGCACGCGGUAAACACACGGAAGCAAUUGCGGGACCGACAGAGAUAACCCCGCUGGUUGCGAAGGAGCGGGAGAUGAAAACUCUUGGUACGCUUGAGGCCAAGGUUAACGGUAAAAAGAAGAGAAUGCCAAUGCCGGGUCUGGGGUGCAGGAAUUGA